CGGGUAAUACCGGGUCAGGGUGGCUGAUAAGAGGAUGCCCGUUGUCAUCAUAUUCUUAAACUUACAACUUAAAAUUACUCAACCAUAAACGGUGAUUCACUGGUCACUCCCUUUUUUUUUUUCUUUAUUGGUCGACCAGUUGAUUGCCGGCGCGUAAUUCAAAACCCAUCGCCGUAAAAUCAUCGGCUUUAAGCUUCAUCAAAGCAAGAAGCAUCGGAAGUGAUCUCUUUGAGCCUGUUAAAGGAGCUAGGCAUGUCUCUCGAUGGCUUCCCUCCAUUCAUUUCAGCUCAGCUCCAUUAUCUCAUCAAUCACUUUCCCGACAAAAUCAAGGUUGAGCAAGUGUUGUCUGGUGGAAAAACCUACACCGGGGGCCUAGAUCGAUUUACAUUGCUUAUUCCAUAUUGCUUAGACUAUAUUAAAUGGGAUAUUAUAUACAAUGCGGAGUUCCCGUUGGCUCCACCGGAUAUAAUAUUUGGAACUGAAGAUGAAGAUUUUCACCCAUUACACAUGACUGGCCGUGUAGGAGAGGGGGACUUGAAGUUUCGGAACAUUUUGUCUGAUUGGAACUAUAAAGACCCGACAAGGCUACUAGCUUUAAUUCAGGAAUUGAGGGACCGGUAUAUGGCCUACCAGAAGAAACGUGUUGGAGAAGUGGAUGAUGAUAGGUUGACAUUUGAGAUUAGCACUAUUUGUUCUCGAGAGGGAAUUGAGAUGCAAAUUAGUUCAGGUGCUGAAAAGCCAGAAGAGGUCAAAUUUGCUGUGCCUCUAAUGGACAUGAACAUAAACAAAAUGGUGCAUGGGUGCCCCUGGAGACAUCCACAAAAGAUAUACUUACAGGUAAUAUAUCCCGUUGGAAAAAAGUAUGCAUCUACUCCUUCAGCACCUCGUCUGAAAUUGAUGUCAACAACUGAGCUGAGAGCUCUGUUUACAAUCGAGGAUGUCAAGCUUCCUUCAUGGUUGGAUGGAAUGUGCAUGGCUGAAUAUCUUCCUCAUCUAGAAGAAUCUCUUCAGAAACAGGUCCUGGAAGCUGUUUCAUUAAUUGACAUAAGAAGACACUUUAUAGAGGCAUUAGCCCCAUUGCUUGGAAGACCUUUGGAAGCUGAUCCGGUCUUUUGCAGAAAGGCAACAUUUCUUGCUUCCUCUGGAUCCUUCGUUUUCCUGGUGCACUUCCAUAUUUCAACUCUGUUUCCUAAGCAGCAGCCAGCUCUGAUGCUCCAAAGUUCUCAGCAUAUAUCGCCACAAGGAAUACCGAAAAAGUCACCUCUUCUAGCAGAAUAUCCAUGGAGUCCGAGAUGGGAAGCAUCACAAAUGGCGGAGCGGAUAUUCGAUUUCUUGGCGGAUGAGUCUCUGAACUUCAAACGGUUCUGUAAUGAGUCUCAACCUCAACACUAGUACGAUAAGGGGAUGCUGAAGUUUGGUAUGGGUUAUGUUUUAUUCAUCCAAGUUGUCUAAAAAAUGCUUAAUGGAACAUUUGGUAGUUUUCUUUUAAUACAAUUUCGAAACUGGUGUCUAAGUUGUAGAAAGGAAAUGCAAAGAUCUAUCUUUCGCUUCUUAA